UGUUUACUUACAGAAAAUUCAACUGAAACAGAAAAUAUUUAUAGCAAAGUCAGAGUGUGCUAAGAAGUCAAAUGCUAUAGUACAAGAAGCAAUCCUGAAGUUGCCGACAGAAUUCCAAAAUGCCGUUAAUUCGUGCUUUGAGGCUGCUAAAAAAAAGAACGCUAAAGGUCGACGAUUCACCUUAGAAUGGAUAUACGAGUGUAUAUUGAUUCGUUUAGAAAGCAAAAACACGUAUCAAUUCCUGCGUCACAGAAAUAUUUUACCUCUUCCCUCUAUCAAUACACUAAAUAAAUUUAUUUGGAAAAUUAGCUGUUCUGCGUACGGCUUCCAGCCUGCCACUUUCUUUACCUUAAAAGAAAGAUGUCAAACAAUGGAGAAAGGAGAAAAACGAGGAGUUAUUUUGGUUGACGAGAUGAAGUUGAGUGAAGGUAUUUUUUUUUAUCAACAAUCAAUGAAAUUUUCUGGUUUUGUUGACCUCGGAAAGCAUUCCCCAGAGGAUUUAAAAAAUAAAACGGCAGAUCAUGCUUUGGUAUUCAAAUUUGUACCUUUUAAAUGUAGAUGGGUGCAAUCAUUGAGCUGUUUUCUCUCAAAGAACGCUUGCAAAAGCGAACCAUUACAUAAACUCAUCGUGGAAUGUAUAAUACUUAUGGAAAAUAGCGAGAUCAAUGUUGAUGCUGUUGUUAUGGAUGGUGCGUCUUCGAACCGAGGUGUUUGGAAAAUAUUCGGCGUAGAUGAAAAUAAUAUCAGCUAUGAACAUCCAUAUGACAGAUCACGACGACUAUGGAUGAUAUCGGAUUUCCACCAUUUAGUUAAAUGCUUCCGAACCUCGACCUUAGAUGAUAAGCUGCAUGAGUUUAAGACUUCUUUUGGGACAGUAAAGAAACGGCAUUGGGAAGCAUUGUUGGAAGAAGAAAAUUAUCGUCAGCCAAACUUGAAAAUCGCUUACAAAUUAACACCUGCGCAUUUAAAACCAAAGGGUUUCCAAGCAAUGAAUGUUCCUCUUGCUACAGAAGUAUUCGGUCAUGAAGUAUCUGUUGCCAUGACUCAUUAUCAAUCAACCUGCGACGAAUUAAAAGAUUCAACUCCGACGCAAAAAUUUAUUGAUCUAGUUUUUAACUUGAUCCAAGCGAUGUCAUCACGUAUACCGAGAGAUGCUUUAUAUGUAAAAGAUGAUUGCCGUCAAAGACAGGUAAGAUUGGUUAUGAAAACAAAAAAUAAUCAGAAGUUAAAAAAUUGUAGGUUUCUUUGGAAGAAUAUCACUCGACUAAGCUUUGGCUCGACGAUCAUGGCAGUAGUUACCACACCUAAAUUGUCAGGUACUCAAUGCCGAACGUUUAUGUGUCAUAGUAAAAGUAUCUUAGAAAAAUUUAUCGGAUGGAAAUUUUGAUAAAUUAAGCAUAUUUUAGAAUGAUUUCGUUAAU